CGUAUAAUCUAGUGGACGGGACGCUGCUUCAACAACAACAGUUCGACACCCUCGGUAGCUUAAUAGCAAACAUAGCUACAACAUUCACUCUCUUUAUACUGUUUUUGGUGUGUAUUAGUCGCUGUGUACUAAACACACUUCUGUCUUAUGUACGUGUUGACCCAUUUAAUUAUAUAAUUACGUUGUUUGUCAGCUAGCUGGUUUGCUAAAUUAGCUUAGAACUAGGCUAGUUGCUAAUGCUAGCUAGCGAACAUCCCCGACCAUGAGUUCACUAAGCUGCUCUCCUCCUGCUAAAGAAGAGGAGGUCUUCUGGACGGAGAAAGAAGUUCUCCCGAAAGAGGAGGGGGAAGAGAAGGAUGUUUCAAUACAAAAACAAGUAGAGGGUGAAGCUGUUACCGUGAAAGAAGAAGAGAAAGACGUUUCAGUGGAAGAAAAGGAAGACUCGUUCAGAUUGAAAGAGGAGGAGGCGGAGAUGACUGUCACAUCGGUAAAGGAGGAGGAGGAAGAAGAGGACACUGGACAUCUGGGCCCGGUUUCCCAAACGCAUCUUAAGGCAUCCUAUGGUUCUAACGGUGAACUCAGCCGUAAGAUGGUUUUGAGAAACCGGGCCGUGAUUAACACUAGAGAGAGACGUGACUAUCGUGGAUCCUCUGGGGAGCCUCAACAACAUCAUGAAGCUGAUGAGGCAGAGAAGAGUCCCUCCCGAUCAGAACUCCUCAAGAAACACCCGUGGAGACCAACAGGGAAGAAAUCUCACUGCUGCUCUGACUGUGGGAAGAGUUACUUAAGAUCAAAUUCACUAAAAGUACAAAUGAGAAUUCACACCGGAGAGAAACCUUAUAGCUGUGAUCAAUGUGGGAAGAGUUUUACUACAUCUAGCCAUAGGAUUGCACACCAGAGAACACACACAGGAGAGAAACCUUAUAGCUGUGAUCAAUGUGGGAAGAGUUUUACUCAGUCAAGCAGCCUGUUAUCUCACCAGAGAAAACACACAGGAGAGAAACCUUACAGCUGUUAUCAAUGUGGGAAGAGUUUUACUCAGUCAAGCAACCUUGUAUCACACCAGAGAACACACACAGGAGAGAAACCUUAUAGUUGUGAACAAUGUGGGAAGAAUUUUACCACAUCCAGCCAUCUGAUUGUACACCAGAGAACACACACACAGGAGAGAAAUCUUAUAGCUGUGAACAAUGUGGGAAGAGAUACUCUGAUAAAUGAUCUCUGAUCAAACAUCAGAAAAUACAUACAUGAAGUAGUUGUUUCAUGAUAUCAAUGAAUUAAUGUCACAAUGUAGAAUGUUUAAACAUUGUA